CGUCUCUCCUCAUACUGCGUCCCUCCCUCCAUGGUCGCGUUGCUUCGUUUUGCCGGAAUUGAUCGAUCGUCCUCUUGAUUAUCCUCUGCCUCCUUGCUUCCCUCUUCCACCAUGGCGGACAUGCCCAUUGUGCUCGACGGAGGAACCGGUUUCCUCAAGGUCGGAUAUGCUGCGCAGAACUUCCCAGAGCACCAGUUCCCCUCAAUAGUGGGGCGACCUAUCCUCCGAACUGAAGAGCAGGCCGGGGAUAUUGUCGUCAAGGAUAUCAUGUGCGGAGAUGAGGCUGCUGCUGCCCGAUCGAUGCUCCAGAUCAGCUAUCCUAUGGAAAAUGGUAUCGUGAAGAAAUGGGACGAUAUGCAACACCUAUGGAACUACACCUUCUACGAGAAAAUGGGCAUCGACCCGACCGGUCGCAAAAUCCUCCUCACCGAACCCCCCAUGAACCCCCUGAAGAACCGCGAACAGAUGUGCGAGGUGAUGCUGGAAAACUACAACUUCGGCGGUGUUUACGUUGCGAUUCAAGCUGUGCUUGCGUUGUAUGCCCAAGGUCUCAGCAGCGGUGUUGUCGUGGACUCCGGUGACGGUGUCACCCAUAUUAUCCCGGUCUACGAAUCGACGGUUCUGAACCACCACAUCCGCCGACUGGAUGUCGCGGGUCGGGACGUUACCCGGAACCUGAUUGCCCUGCUCCUCCGCCGGGGCUACGCUUUGAACCGUACGGCCGACUUCGAGACGGUGCGUCAGAUCAAGGAGAAGCUCGCCUACGUUUCCUACGACCUGGAGUUGGACAAGAAAUUGUCGGAGGAUACGACGGUCUUGGUGGAGUCCUACACCCUGCCCGACGGACGGGUGAUCCGUGUCGGUAGCGAGCGAUUUGAAGCCCCGGAGUGCCUCUUCCAGCCGCACCUGGUGGACGUGGACCAGCCCGGUAUUGCCGAGAUGCUCUUCAACACCAUCCAGGGCGCCGACGUGGACGUCCGUUCCAGCUUGUACAAGGCCAUCGUGCUCAGUGGAGGAAGCAGCAUGUACCCCGGUCUGCCCUCGCGGUUGGAGAAGGAGCUGAAGCAGCUGUGGUUGACCCGCGUGCUGCAAGGGAACCCGGAGAGACUGAACAAAUUCAAGGUCCGCAUCGAAGACCCGCCCCGACGGAGACACAUGGUGUUCUUGGGUGGUGCCGUGCUGGCCAACCUGAUCGCCGACAAGGAGGACAUGUGGGUUACCAAGCAAGAAUGGGAGGAAGAGGGUGCUCGUGCCCUGGCCAAGCUCGGCCCCAGAUAAGAAAAGAACAAAACUACGACCCUUUUUCUAUCUGUCUGUUUAUAUUAUAUUAUCUCUCACAUCUGAUUCUAUCCGAUACUCUUUUCUGCUUGAGCAACCUUGGUGCCCCGAUCUUACUCUCCUUGUCCUUUUACCCUUGCUCUCUCGCCUUAUCAUCUCACUCUUACCGGGUAGAAACUACAAAGUCGACAUCAAUCUCUACAGCACCAGCCAGCACCAACAAUCUAACCGCUCCUGGCCCGUCCCCGAGUCUGGAUUUGAUAUCGUGAUGCGUCGUACAUACAUAGGACUAGACAUCCACCUACUUCUGUUUACUCUUGCUUGAUGGUCAUGUAGCUAGUACAUAGAAAACAACCCCGA